CCAGUACAAGAAAUUGUAGAUUUCGUUAAAAAGCUCCGAGGCGAAGAAGUUAAGCACAAAGAUUACAUUCGAAUAUCGAAAGCUAUACUGCUUUCUUCGCAAGAAUUCCAUUUAUUAACUUAUGCCUCGCUAACAUCAGAGCGUGAGAAAAAAAAUGCAGAGGAAGGAUUACGAACUCAACACCGAAAAGAAGAAAAUGGAUGGCUUCUGGAAAAUCCACAACAAAAGCCACUCAGCAGUUGGACAUGA